AUGUGCGAAAUUGAGGGGAAUUCUUACCAUCACGGUAUCCCAAAUUUUCCGAAAUACUCAGUAUAUUUCACCACUAUCCACUUCCAAUGGAGGACAAAAAGGAUUGCACAGCGCCUUUGGGAUCUAAAAUUUUCAAAGCGGUAUGGUCAGUGUAGUAGAAAUGAUAGCAUAGCAGGGCCGUUAUUCUCUUAUGUUUGGAGGUCCCGCGUCUCAGAUUUGUAUCUCGGGUAUCCUGCCAUCUCCCGUAGCGGUAGUCCACUUAUUGUCCUGACUGGUUUGACGGAAAUGCGUGGGAGGAUCUGUGGAACCUGGGAAACUGCAUGUGCGUCCUUUAUCUUCCCUCGUAUCCCAGAGCUUUUGGGAUUGCAAGUGUUAUGUGGGCUGGGUUUAGUAAGCAGUUGUAGUGGUAUCCGAAGUGAGACGGAAGAUAGUUUUACGAUGAUUGGGAUUCUUUUGAUGUUAAAAAUAGGAGAUGGUAUCGAUAUAAAUCAUAAAUAUGAUCGCAAAGUUCGGCGCAAAGCGCCAAGAAGUGAGGACCCUUACCUUCGAGUUUUAGUUAAAUUAUAUAAAUAUUUGACUCGGCGGACUGGUGCAAAAUUCAACAGUAUUAUUACGAAAAGGUUAAUGAUGGCGCGUCGCCAUCGUCCACCUAUGUCACUUGCUCGGUUGAUACGUUACAUGAAAAGAGGUGAUAAUGCGAAGAAAAUAGCAGUGGUAGUUGGGACGAUUACAGAUGAUAAUCGAAUUUUCGAAAUACCUAAGCUCACAGUUGCUGCGUUGCGUGUGACUAAGGCAGCACGCGCUAGGAUAAUUAAAGCACGUGGCGAAAUAAUUACAUUCGAUCAACUCGCUCUGCGCGCACCACGUGGAGAAAAUACUUGUUUAUUGCAAGGACCACGAAAGCAUCGAUUGGCCGAAAGACAUUUCGGUCCAGCACCAGGUGUACCACACAGCCACACUAAACCACUUGUUCGUUCUAAGGGACGUAAAUUUGAACGCGCUCGCGGACGUAGAAAGUCUCGUGGCUAUAGAAACUAA